UAAUUUUCUGAGUUUCAUGCCAAAAAGAGAAAGAAUUGCUCAACACUACAAUCGAACUCAAGAAUCUCCGAAAUCAAUCGAUCUUGUUUCGAAUGCCCAUGUACCAGAAUUAAAUAAAAAACCCGCCAAAUACCCUUAACAGGCCAAAAUAAUUGUUCCCGUUAUCGAAUUGCCAUGGGCGUGAAUUGAAUCAGAACACCACCAAAUGCCAGAAGAAGCCGGAUUAGAAAUGACGGCGGCCGCCACUACAGGCGGAGCAGCAGCAGCAUCGGUACUAUCGUCAGAAGACGCGGCCGCCACAGCGCUGUGCGACCACAUACGGAAAAAGGGCUUCCAAUCUCACAUAUUCUCAGACAUAACAAUUUCCUUCCUCUCCAAAGAUUACCCUUUGCAUAAGAUCGUCUUAUCCCAAAGCUCAUAUUUUUUGUCCCUUUUAGCGGGGCCGUGGAAAGAGCACGGCAAGGCCAAGAUACAGCUUCAAAUUGACGAUUCCAAUGUCACUGCACAGGGGCUCGAAAUUGCGCUCGCUUAUCUGUAUGGCGUCACACCCGUCUUGAACGAGCAGAAUGUCGUGGCUGUGUUGGCGGCGGGGUGUUUUCUCUGCCUGGACAAUCUUUGUGAUAUGAGCGUGCAUUUUAUUGUUGGUGAUUUGAGGGUUGAGACGUUUCUGACUUACCAGACGUUGUCGGAGCGACAUUGUUACGGGAAGCAUGUGGAGACUGUGAGGGCUGCCUGCUGGUCUUUUCUUUGCUCUCAUGCUGCCAGAGAGCUGCUGCAUGUCUUGCCAAAGCUGUCUCUUCAGGUUCUCUGUCGGCUUCUUAAGUCUGAUGAGAUUUGGGUUCCAAAUGAAUUAGAAAGGCAUAAACUUGCAAAACAGGUUCUUAUAGAUUGGAAGAUUGCUCGAGUGAAGGUGGCCAAUACUCCUACAGAUUCAGCAGCCUCAAAAAGACACAAGUUAAAGUUCACAUCAGCUCACAAAUCAAUAAGGAGUAGGAGUUUGCGGUGUAAUAAGCUUAAUUCAAAGAUUAGUAGAGGAACCAAAAGAAAAGGUUCUCCUGUUUGCUCAAAUGAGAUCUCGUCACCCCAAGAGAAGGAAGUUGACUCAGAAACUGACCUCCAAAAGCUGAAACGGCUGUGGGAAGAAAAUGCUGCAGAUCCUUCCUAUGGAUCACAGGAUGAUUUUGAUAUGUGUAUUGAUUUGUUUACUGGGAAUGGAAUCAUAUAUGCACACAUGGAGGUAGAUGAGCUGUUUUCAGUGAAAAAGGAACUUGAAGAUGCAAAUCUACCUUCUGAUGCUAUAAAUGACAGUAUAUGGCAAAAUGCGUUGUUAAACAAACACUUGGUUAGGUUGGGUGAAAGUCACACUCGUGGUACUUCAUCUGAUGACGACGACUUAGAAAUGGAUGAUGAUGAGGAUGACGACGAUGAGGAUGAUGAUGAAGAUGAUGAGGAUGAAGAUGAAGAUGAGGUUGAUUAUGAUGAAGAAGAAGAAUCAAGUGAUCGAGAUUCUGAUGAUUCAAGUUCAAGGAAUGCAGUGACUACUGAAUCACCCAAGAGAUCACGGGUUGAAAGCUGUUCACUGGUUUGCUUCUCAUGCUUAGAGUUAGAUAGUCCCGAGUCAGUUGAAUCAAAGAGAAGGAAGACAACAAGUGGCUUCACAUGGGCAGCCAAGCCAGAUAUAGGAAUGCGACUAAAAGAUUUUCCUCCUUUCAGAUUUGGGGUGGAAUAUAUUUGGAAGGAUAAAAAAUGGAAUUUGGAUCCUAAGCAUAAAAGUCUCUUUUAUGCUGGUUCCUUGUGGACGAUUGCUGUCACUUAUGAAUUGGAUAAUGGCUGGCAUUUUGGAGUGUAUUGUCAGAGCAGGAAAAAUGUUUUUGAUGCAUACCCUUAUUCUGAUACUAGGAAGAAGGUACGGUUCAUGGCAAGGCUACACCUUAAGACAGCUUCAGGAUUGUGGCGAGUUACUGGAACUGGUCUACGAGGUGACUCAAGAAACUCAGUUGGAAUGCAAUUGACGGCAAAAGAUAUUGUCCAGGAUGAGCCUUUGAGAAUUUCAGCUGCAGUUCAACUGAUUGAUGAUUGAUCAUAUUUCCAGCUCUUCCUGUGGUUUUCUUUUUUUCUGAAUAUUAUACAAUCUAAAUUUAAGCGUUUUUAUGUUUACAAGGGCAAUUUUUGUGAUAGGUGAAGCAUUUGAUUAUCCCCCUGUCAUUGCCGUUUUCUUUCUCUAGAAUGGAUUACCAUUAAAAUAGAGUUCGGGAGCUGGAAAAAUGACAAUUUGAAUGUUUUGACUGGAGCCCAAAAAUUACUAGGUAUGAUAUAUGCUGGAUACAAAGAUUCACACAGAAAUGAAAUCCAUUUGAAAAAAAUUGACAAGGUCAAACUCUAUUACUUGUAACUUUGUAAGUAUUGUUUGUCCCCAGUGUUAUAGCCCUGCAAGUCUACGUUUGUACAGAAGGCGGUGUAUUAUUGUAAGCUGAUAUAAGUAUUUAUAGCAGUGUCAUUUUCAGCUUUGACACACCAAUCACUUUGGGAUAUAGGCAGUGCCUGGACCUUGAAUCUCACAGUAUUUUACACAGAAAUCCAUUUUUUGGUUAAUUGGCAAGAACAUAUUUUGCGGUAGAAGUUUCACCACAGCUUGACAGCAUGGGUCCCAGCAUGCUCCGGUUACCCUUAUGCUUGCACUACAUGGCCUCUGAGGGUUGAAUUUGUGUCUAGCCUGAGCAAGUUCUCAGGAUUCCUAGAUAAUACUUUUAUAUUUGUGAAUGGCAGUCUCAUGAAAUUAGGUGUGCUAUAAUGGAUGAAGGCUUUAUAAGUAAUUUUGGCACUCUUUUUGAUAAAUUGGGUCUCAAAUUGAAACGACACAUCCAAGUUUUUGUCCAGUUUAUUUAAUUAUACAUAAGUACUGUACCUAUUUCAAACGACAAAAUGAUUUACAGGAUCUUGUAAAAUUGUAUGCAUGUUUUAAGGGCAUUUUUUAAGUAGUCUGUUGGGGUGUGGUGACCUUCCAGCAAGUUGGAGCACUUAUUUCCACGUGGAAUAUGUUCAGAUGUCAUGGGCUUGCACCUCACAAUAAUGUCAACUACUUUGCAAGAAUAGAGUCUGGUCCCUCACCGGGAGUUGGUUAAUGGGUGGUUUCGGAUGCCCAAAAUUUCUAAAAAAUAUUUUUAUUAUAGGCCUCAGAUGUUCAAUUUGAGAACUUAUAUAAUAUAUAUCCUUUCGAAUG